CUGUUUAUCUUGGGCCUCGUUUCGCCUUGAGAAAGGGGAAGAAGGCCUCCGUGGAGGCCGUCUCAGUUGCUCCCUUGCCGCUGAGGGAGGAGGAGGGAAGGUUGGAUGUCUCUGAGGGAGGAAUCAUCAUAGUUUGGGAGUGGGGUUCUGUGGGGAAGAAUGGUAAGGCGUUGCCUUCCUUAAGCAAGAGGGAAAUACCUGGUCCUCUCCUGGAAAGGGAAGGAGACGUUAGGUAGAGAAGCCUACCUUUGGAGAAUGAGAGGAUGAUCCAGAAGGACACUUGUGUGCACCUUUUUGCUGGAGGAUGUGGGGGCACUGUAGGUGCAAUUCUAACAUGUCCACUAGAAGUUGUGAAAACACGGCUGCAGUCUUCUUCUGUUACCCUCUAUAUCUCCGAAGUUCAUCUGAAUACUGUGAAUGGUGCCAGUGUUAAUCGUGUAACUAGAGUUUCCCCAGGGCCUCUCCAUUGCUUAAAGAUGAUUUUGCAAAAGGAGGGGCCUCGCUCGCUCUUCCGAGGACUAGGUCCUAACUUGGUAGGCGUGGCUCCAUCCAGAGCAAUGUAUUUUGCUGCUUAUUCCAACUGCAAAGAAGCACUGAAUAAUAUCCUCGAGCCAGACUCGACCCAAGUGCACAUGACCUCAGCUGGAGUGGCAGGUUUUACUGCAAUUACAGCAACCAAUCCAAUUUGGUUAAUAAAAACACGAUUACAACUCGAUGCAAGAAAUCGUGGGGAAAAGCGGAUGAGUGCUUUUGAAUGUGUUCGCAAAGUCUAUCAUGCAGACGGAAUUAAAGGUUUUUACCGAGGAAUGUCUGCAUCUUAUGCAGGCAUAUCAGAGACUGUUAUUCACUUCGUUAUAUAUGAGAGUAUUAAGCGAAGACUACUGGAAUAUAAAUCUGCUUCUGCUAUGGAUGAGGAAGAUGAAUCUGUCAAGGAAGCAUCUGACUUUGUUGGCAUGAUGAUGGCUGCAGCCACUUCCAAAACAUGUGCCACAUCAAUAGCCUAUCCACACGAGGUUGUACGAACAAGGCUACGAGAAGAAGGAACAAAGUACAGAUCUUUUUUCCAAACACUCUCUUUGCUGGUGCGAGAAGAAGGCUAUGGCUCUCUCUAUCGUGGCCUAACAACACACUUGUUUAGACAGAUACCAAACACAGCUAUAAUGAUGGCUACAUAUGAAGUGGUAGUCUACUUACUCAAUGGAUAGCAGUGCUACCACAUGUCCUUCGGAAAUUGGGAGACCAAAAGCUUGCAGUGGACCAUGAACUCUCAGUAUGGUAGGCAACAGAAAAAUCUAUCAAGGAUCUGCGGACAAAAUAGAAGACUGACAGGCAAUCAUGCUCACUCAUGCUGCCUUAUCAUAUGGCAUAUUUUGCAAUGUGAUAGCCUGAAGCUGCUCCUGGGGGAUUGCCUUUAAACGCCUCAUAUUUCAAUUGCAAACUUCUCCUAUUGUGUCAGCUGUUCUAAUGCUAUGCAGUAAGCACCAGGGACUUGGUGAGACAAGAGGAACAUAAUGUGUGUCCAUAUUGCGAAGCAUUUGUUUUCAUUUCUAUGCCAGUUCAUUGCUGCAUUCAGAUUCAUUUUCUAUUACUGCACAGUAACCAGUUGGAAGGAAAAGUGGGCCUGUCUCGUUUCAGCAGAUUCAUAAUUGGUCAUGUCUGGGACUCCGUUUUGUAAUGUGUAAUAAAGUGAGAGGUAACUAUACCCAUAAGCUCCCCAUUUUACUACCUCAGGGGGUCUUACAGGGAAGCUUAAUUUUCUCAGUACAGAAAUGUGGCCUUUGUUUGUGGAACUGAAGGAGACUGCAGGUGGUAAAAUAUUCGGUGGAGUUCUGACUACUUUGAUACCUGACAUUCAUAAUGCCACUAGGCAUGUUAAUUACGCUAAGUAUUUUCCGCCAUGAAAUGGAGAAGAGCCUUUGGAAGGAUCCACCUGAGGCAGAGUUCUCUUUUCUUGGACUAAAUACAUUCUGUGACCAAAACGCCCACUGGGACUCUUGAUUAAGACAGUUCCACCCAGAAAGAACUGAAUGUUGGGUCUAGGUGCUAGAAGAGCUCUUGUGUAUUGCUUUACAAUCUCUGAAAAGCAACAACUACAGGGCAGUGUUCUGUCAUUCAAAAAUUUUGUUUGCUUUUAUUUAUGGACUAAUCCCAAACCAACCAGAAACAUUAUCAGAGUAUCAGAACUUAGAUUUGAUGAUCAUUAAAGUGCAUCAAUAUUAUGCCAAAAACACUAAUAUUGAAGUUUGGUAUUAACAAAAAAUUAUUAAAUUCUUUGGUUUAAACAUUCCCUUCUGACAUAUUCCUUACUUCAUCUUGAAAUGCUUUGCAGAAGAUCUUAUAAAGUGAAAGCUUCUGCAUUUUUUAGAAUGCCCAGCCUUCAAAAUCUAUGUUAACAGCUCCUAUGCAGCAUUAUUUGUUACAUUUUAAGAAUGGUUCUUUGCUUUGCUCUAGCUACAUAUUGCAAAUAACCCUUUUUAAUGUUCUAACAAUAAAUAUAUGCAUUUUACUUUUGCCAACUAUUCUGUGGUUAUAGUACAGCUGCUUUAAAGAGACUUCCAUUCUCAGCGGGCUUUCUAACCAAGUAUUACUUCACUGGCAUAACUGGUAAUGACUCUUAAGGAGAGAAGAUUGUGAAUUCAUUAGUGUGUACUUAGCACAAUUAAUUUACCUUUAAAUUGUAACUUGCACUUUUAUGCCUUUAUUGGCUUGUGACCUUCAUGCCUUUAUAAAUUUCCUGCCCUUUUUUAAUGUUUUGAAGCCAUGUCCCGAAUUAAGCAAUUGUAUACAUGUCUACUCAGAAAUGAGCCCCUUUGAGUUCUCUGGGACUUAUUUCUAGGUUAGUGUUUAUAGAAUUGCAGCCCAAGACCCAUGUAUGUUAUAUCCUAAAUAUUGCACUCUUUUACCAAUAGCAUUUAAAAUGGCAUCUGACCUUCCGGAUUUGUUUGUGUGUCUCUGAAAGUAAGGUUAAAAUAAGGUCUGAACAGAAAUGUAAAAAUUGAUCUUUCUCUGUGAGAUCUACAGAAACGGAGUUACUGUGUGCUCGAUUUGAAAAUGAGGCUACAACAUUUGUAUAGACAGCUUGCCGGGGGGAGAGGGGGAAUCAUCCAACUGAUCCUGUGCAUUCUCUGUUUUGUGGCAAAAUAUUUCACUUGCAACUUUUACCUAUGAGGAUAAAUGUUUAGUUAGGGUACUUUCUGGUACCGUUUUUGACCCUCGGUGCAAUUUUUCUGCACCCUUUUAACACGGAGCUUACAAAAUGGCUUGCUCUCAAUGUUGUAAGCAACCUCAUUAUAAAAACAUAUCAUAAGGAUGUGAUUCCUCUAUUUUAAACAACUUUGAUUCUAAAUUUUGUUAACAGUAACAAGAGGCAAAUUCUCUACUGUAACCAUAUUAUGAAGCCUUGGUACAAGACCAGUAUUUUUUUUCUUCCAUCAGGUGAAAUCAGUAUUGUAAGUUUCAGUAGAAACUAUCCAGAGGGUUUCAAUGACCGAAGCUCGUUCUGGACAAGUUUAAUUUACAGUUUAUUAAAAUUGCAGUGACUCCCCAAGUCUAUAAUAUGUUUGUGCUUUUGGGAAACAAGCUUUAUGGUUCAGCUUCUCUUUGGAGACUUUUAUAUUAGUGAGCUUCCAUACUAUAUCAGUUGCACAAAUAAAUAGAUUUGAACAUCUAUGUCAACCACACUGCUAAUAAAUGAAGCUUCCUUGACUUAACUGAGCCAUUAUUCUGUCAGUGAGAAUUUCUAAUCACUUAAGUACACAAGUUCAUUUUUGCUUGAUGAAAAAAUAAAUGCCUUCAGUUUCACAGAAUUGUUCACAGUUAUUCAGUUUCUUCUGCAUCAUAAUGCACCCUCUUCAUCUGUGUAACAUUAUCAGGAUGCUGGAGGAGUUUUUCCAUUGGAAAAGGGAGCAGGGAAGUCUAUUUCUGCCAUCCCAUGCACUUUCAUUUGGAUCCAAGCCUUAGAAAGCCAGUCCCUUGAUACUGCCAUUAGAUCUAUAUUAAUAGUAUAAUUAUUACAAAUAAUUGGGACAUCUGUGAGUAAGGGAACAAUUUAUCUUGAGACCUCUCUGCUUCCAUCAUUGCAUUUCACUGAAUGGUUAAAUUAGAACCCACAGAAAACUUACUGUUCUGAUGUUAGGGUGUUUAAAUGUGUAGUUUUAGAUUUAUCUGCCUUGGGGAACAAUUCUCUAACAUUAAUUGGGAGCUACUUGGGAGCCCAUAGCAAGUGGUAUAAUCGCUAUUCCACUGUAAAAAAUGGAGGUGCACUACUCUUCUGAAGCUCCUUCAGAAGAGAUGUUCUUCCCAUGGAGUGGUGGGGAAAAUGGAAUAUAAGGCUGGGUAUAAAGAUCCUAAAUGUUUUUUGCAACAUGUUCUCAGCUCUGGGGCUGGUAAAAAUAGUUUAAUUUCAUUACUGCAAUGGGAAGGAUGCUACCUCCACACUAAAUUUUACCUGUGGUGAUAGCUUGGUAAUAUUAUAGCAUGGAAUCUUUCAAUUGUGAAGAUGGAGAGAUUAAAGAUUUCCUCAUCAUUUAUAUUGUGGCUUUGAGUCUUCAUGUCUAUAGCUUCUUGUUUCUCACAACAAAAACAUUUUUCUAUAGCAAUUACUUCACCAAAUAGUUUUUUAAAUCCUUUGGAUACCUCUGAAUUGUUUUCCAAAGAGACUUUUGGUUUUGGGGAUGGAUUUUUUUUUAGUAUAUCAGAUCACAGUUAUUCUUGAAAUAUUGUCACUGAUAGAGGAGAUAGAGAAGAUAUGAAAUUAAUACAUUUUGCAUUAAUACAAAUAUAAUUUGAUUUGGCUGUAUCCUAUAUAAUACAUGGAUUUUGUCAUAUUAGUAUGUAAAGUAAUAAAUUCCUUGUAAAAUAUGUGUUUGAGAACCACCACUAGGACUAGCCUUUUUUGUAGUAAUGGAAACCUUGCUGCCUUCCCAUUUUAAGAAAUAACUUUUAAAUAGCACUAUAUACAUAAAAUAAGGUUGACCACAAGGUGGCACUAAAGUACAUGCCAAUGUAGGAAAAAUACAUAUUUGAAGUGAUAGGUGGUGGUGUGCCAAAUUGUUUGCUUCAAUCUUUUGCUGUUAAGAAUACUUGAUUUAAUGCCAUACGCAUCUAGGAAAAAGCCAUAGUAGAUUCUUCAACAAAUAGUUCUGAGACUCCCCCCCCCCCCAUUUUAGUUCCUGUAUUUAAUAUUCAGUCUGAAAAAGAGCAUUAAAUUAUGGAGAAAACAUUCAUAUUGCUCUACUUCAAAGACAACUGUAAAGUUAGCUGAAAUUUUCAAUUACUACUGUGUUUUUGAAAAUCGUGUGAUAUGACUGAGAGUUUUAGUUUUAAAUGAUGUACAAGUAACACAUCACCAGGACAAAAUAUUAUUUGGAGAAAGUUUAUUAUAAAAAGGAUUUUGUUACAUACAAGACUCUAGGAUAGUAGCCUGCCAUUGGCAGCAAAUUCAGACUUAGCCAAUGGAAUUUUUCUCCUCUUUCCCUUCCAACAAAAGCAGAGACAGCUCAAUCAAGUUGCUUUUAAGAUUCCCUAUAGUGUGAAAUGUGGUUUCCCAUGUAAUACAGGAAGCUGCUACCUGGGAGGCACAAAACAAACCCGUUAGGGCUUAUAUUAGUAAUAUCUAUUGGGAUCACACCCUAAUAAUAGAUUUUAUAAUAUACUAUCCAUUCUUUGUCUUGAAUCUAAAAUGUUCUCACUUGUUUCCAUUGUUUGUGUGUUCCUCCUGCUGGUUGAACUGUAUGAUUCAGACCUACAAAUUGGAGAAUGUUUCCUGUUAUCAAGUCUCUUUUUAAAUUCUGCAAAUAAGCAGAGCACUGAUGUGUGCCUACUUCAAAGGAAAUACUUAUCUAUUUCUACAAGGACCCUGAAGUUUAACCCAAUUAGUUUUAUUUCAGAAAGUCUGUAGGCCCUGUAUAUGUGAACAUAGCUCGCCCCUAGGAGUCAUUACCGUUAUUCACCAAGUCCCGUUUUCUGCUGCUCCUGUGAGGUUUGCUGUAGUUCUUGCAUACCAUGUAGCUGGUUGUCAGUGAUGUGCUUUAAAUACUUUUUGUAUUUAUGUUAUAUUGAUGAAUUUUUGUUUGGAUUGCUUAAAACUCAAAAUAAAAUGUGUUUAUUCAAACUUG